ACUCGCAGUCGCAGCGAUGAAGAGUGAACACAUGAACCUGCUCCUUCCUUCAUUUGAAACGGACCAAGAGGAACACGAUGAACGCAAGACGACAGAAACCGGAGGCAUUGGUGGCGACGACGUCUGGAGGUUCAAAGGCAACAAAGCGGCCAAGGAAGCAGCUAGUGUUGGAAUGAAAGGUACCCUUGCUAGGCUAUUCGACUGCUGCAGCAAAGACGUCCAAAAGACCAUUUUGCCUCUGGGCCACGGCGAUCCUUCCGUCUACCCUUGCUUCCGCACUUCAGCUGAUGCCGAGGAGGCGGUGGUUGAAUCCUUACUGUCUGGCGCCGCCGACUCUUAUGCCCCGGGCGUCGGUAUUUUACCGGCCAGGAGGGCGGUUGCAAAUUAUCUGAACCGGGACCUUCCACAUAAGAUGAAAUCAGAUGAUAUAUUUAUAACGGUGGGGUGCUGCCAAGGGAUAGAGACAAUGUUUAAUGCCCUAGCCCGACCCAAGGCCAAUAUCUUGCUCCCGACUCUAAUCUAUCCCCUCUACAACAGUCACGCAGUCCAUAGCCUACUCGAGAUUCGUAAGUAUGGUCUCCUUCCAGAUUUAGACUGGGAGAUAGAUCUUCAAGGCGUCGAAGCCUUAGCAGACGAAAACACCAUUGCUAUGGUGAUAAUUAAUCCUCACAACCCAUGUGGAAAUGUCUAUACAUAUGAACAUCUAAAGAAGGUACGUGAAAGGUGGCUGAGGUGUCUAAAAAGCUAG